CCGUAUGUGUGUGUGUGAAACAGAGCGGAGGUGAAGAAGAGGAGGAUGAAGCAGGGAGCGGAGGAUGGGAGGAAGAGUGGAGUGAGUGAGAGAGAAAGAGAGAGAGACGGGCUGGCUAUCAAGGGCUCGUGUCAAGUGUGAAUGUCUGAGAGGGGCUUCGAUGGGAGUUUUAUCGCAGCGCCGAAACAAAGACGCGAUCUUUUUUUACCAUCCGGAGAAACAUUGUAGCGGAAACUUUAAACUUUUACCCGCCAGAGCGGCAGCGCCGUGCCGGGUCCCGGCUUUGUCUCGCGACGGGGGGAAGUACGCCAGCACACGCGAGGAUAUAAAGAACCAGCACCACUUUCGGAUACACAUUUUGACUCCCACAAAGAGGGAAUCUGCGAUUAUUGCGUUUGUUUAGGAGAGCGAGAGAAUGGCGGCCAACAUGUACCGAGUUGGAGAUUAUGUGUAUUUUGAAAACUCCUCCAGUAACCCCUAUCUCAUCCGCCGAAUAGAAGAACUCAACAAGACUGCCAAUGGAAAUGUAGAAGCCAAGGUGGUCUGUCUCUUCAGGCGGAGGGAUAUAUCUGCUAGCCUGAACACUUUGGCUGAUAGCAAUGCACGGGACUUUGAAGAGGAGUCCAAGCAGCCUUCAACAUCAGAACAGCAGAAACACCAGCUCAAGCACAGAGAACUGUUCCUGUCUCGACAGUUUGAGUCUCUCCCGGCCACGCAUAUACGGGGAAAAUGCAACGUCACGCUUUUAAAUGAGACUGAUGUUUUAACUGGCUACCUAGAGAGAGAGGACUGUUUCUUCUACUCUCUGGUGUUUGACCCAGUGCAGAAAACACUGCUGGCUGACCAGGGGGAGAUCAGAGUUGGGUCUAAAUACCAGGCAGAGAUUCCAGACAAACUGGCUGAAGUUGAAGCAGACAGUCGCGUUCAGGAAAAGCUCGAGACAAAGGUCUGGGACCCAAACAACCAGCUGAAGGAUCCACAGAUUGACCAAUUCCUGGUAGUGGCACGGGCUGUUGGAACAUUUGCACGUGCACUAGACUGCAGCAGUUCAAUCCGCCAGCCUAGUCUGCACAUGAGCGCAGCGGCAGCAUCUAGAGACAUCACACUGUUCCACGCUAUGGACACUCUGCAGAAGAACGGCUACGACCUCGCCAAGGCCAUGUCGACGCUGGUGCCGCAGGGGGGCCCGGUGCUGUGCCGGGACGAGAUGGAAGAGUGGAGUGCUUCUGAAGCCAUGCUCUUCGAGGAGGCUCUGGAGAAAUACGGCAAAGACUUCAAUGACAUUCGCCAAGACUUUUUACCCUGGAAGUCAUUAGCUAGUGUGGUCCAGUUCUACUACAUGUGGAAGACUACUGAUCGUUAUAUCCAGCAGAAAAGACUAAAGGCAGCAGAGGCGGACAGCAAGCUGAAGCAGGUGUACAUCCCCACCUACACCAAACCCAACCCCAACCAGAUCACUGCACCUGGAAAUAAACCUGGCAUGAACGGUUCCACCGGCUACCAGAAAGGCCUCAGUUGUGAAAGCUGCCACACUGCCCAGUCUCAGCAGUGGUAUGCAUGGGGUCCUCCUAACAUGCAGUGUCGACUAUGUUCAUCCUGUUGGAUUUACUGGAAGAAAUACGGUGGUCUGAAGACUCCAACUCAACUAGAGGGCGCCACAAGAGCCAGCUCAGAAGCAGCUCCACGUGGUCACAUGACCCGCCAGGAGGUGCAAGGAAUGUCCCCGUUUACCAGCAGUGCAGGACGUGCUAAACUUCUGGCCAAAAACAGGCAGACCUUCAUCCUGCAGACCACCAAACUCACUCGAAUUGCCCGUCGUGUGUGCCAGGACAUCCUGCAGUCCCGUCGAGCAGCCCGUCGCCCGUAUGCUUCCAUUAACGCCAAUGCUGUCAAAGCAGAGUGUAUGAUAAGACUUCCCAAAGCAGCAAAGAGUGGUGUGAAAAACCGGCCUAUUCCUCGACCGUCCCUCAUCAAUAUAGUUAAAGAUUUGGCCAUUCAAGCUCCUUUGAAGCUCAAAGCCCCUCGAGGUGCUCCAACACCAAUCAACCGUAACCAGGUUAACCAGCCUCGCAGCGCAUCUGCCCUGCUGGGCAAAAGGCCCUUUGACAAUGCUGGAAGUCAUUUGCUCUCCACCAAUGGAAGACCGUUUGCAAUGGGAAUGAGAGCAGCCAACCAGUCCGUCAUCAAGAGGCAGAAAGUCAGUCAAGGCGAUGCUCCCAAUCCUGUGGUGUUUGUGGCUACGAAAGACACCAGAGCCCUAAGAAAACACCUCACUCAGGCCGAGAUGAGGCGGGCUGCCAGAAAACCACACCUCCCAGUCAAAAUCAAACUUCCCCUGCCACCCCGGCCACUUCCCGUACCCAUCAUACCCUCCAGCAUCAGCGAACCCAUCGUGUUGGAGGACUGAGCGACGCUCCAGUAGACCACAUCCGUUGCCAGAGCAUGUUUAAAACCUGCCAUCAUCAGCUGAUCUUCCCUCCGGACCCUCAUACUCUUACACCAGCAUAAACCAGACUCCAUCGCCUUUUUACUCCCAGUGUUAGCAUUCAAGGGUUCGUUCCCUGCUGUGUGUGUGUGUGUGUGUGUGUGUGUCCCUUUCUUUUCUUUUUUAAAUCGCAAAUCAUUUUUAACUGUGUACUGCAAAUUAUGUUCAUUCUAAGAUGGUGUAAAAGCACACUUUCUUUUCCUUUCCUCCCGUUCUGUCGUCAUUUGUAUAAUAUUAACAGGAUUUUUCAAGAGUUUGAUUCAUGUGUGUGUGUGCGUUUGUAUGGAAAGUGGGAUUUAAAUGUGCCAGGGGGAGAACGUGGUCUUUUUACUGUCAUUUCUUUGGUCGUUUGUGUUAAAGAUCACCCUUUUUCAUGCUAUUUAGGCUAAUAAAUAAUCGCUGCUCCUUUUACUCAGCCAUUACUUGUUGGUUCUAGGCCAGGGGUGUCCAAAUUUGGUCCUGGAGGGCUGGUGUCCUGCAGAUUUUAGCUCCAACUUUCUUCAACACACUUGCAAGGAUGUUUCAAAAAAGCCUCAAACUCAAUUCAUGGAGGGCUGCAUCUCUGCAGAGUUUUGCUCCAACCCUAAUCAAACAAAGCUGAUCCAACUAAUGAAGGUGUUCAUGACUCUUUUGAACACCUUGAUUAUUUGGAUCAGCUGUGUUUGAUGGGCAAAACUGCAGAGAUGCAGCCCUCCAGGAAUCAAGUUUGAGACCUGAAGCCUAGUAAGAGCUUGAUUAGCUGACCCUGGUGUGUCUGAUUGCGGUUGGAACUAAACUUUGCAGGACACCGGCCCUCCAAAACUGAGUUUGGACACCCCGGUUGUAGUCUUUCAGGCCCAGGUGAAUUGUGGGAAGAUGACAUCAUGGCAAAGGAGUUGCUCACUACACACAACAGAUCUUGCAGUAAUGUUUGAGGCAGUUUUUCAGACACAAUGUUGUUGAUUUUUUUUUUUGGUGAAUCCAAGCAGUGUAGAAACUCCUGUCAGUGAUAUCUGAAGGUCUUGUAGGAUUCUAGCUAAAAGCCGUCUUAGGAGGAUGAUUUUGGAAGGCUUCUGCUUUUAAAGUGUUCAUGAAUGUAGGUUUGAGGUGGUACUCCUGUAGAAGGGUUGGAUGUGGCCAUCGAUUUUUCAAUUGAGCCUUUGUUUUCUCCGUAAGUGACGUCAUGAACAAAGCCAUAACAGUUUGUUUUCCACUUCAGCUUUUAUUUUCAUCUUGACGCACUCGCAUUUGUCUUCUAAAGGUCUCGUGGGCUACUGAGAAGCUUAUUAGCAGUUGUAGAUAACGAGAGGGAAAACACUCGAGUAAUAACUCCACUAUAGGCUGAUAUUGAUGUAUAAUUUCCCCGUGAACUGGAUCCAGUGAGAAAUGGAAAAAUAGUUUUUGAAUUUUCCUAGUCAUGGCUCAACUAUAGGCUGAUACUGAUGUGUAUUUCUGCCUUUUAAUUCAGCCUCUUUCUUUUUUCCUCCUCUCUCUCUCCUUAUGCUGAACCAUUGGGCUUUUUUGACUGAUUUAUUUUUUCCUGGCUUGUUGAGAUUAGUCAACACAAAAUGUCAUUGUAAAUCGUUUCCCCCGAUUCGGGGUUUUGUAAUGUUUCUUAAACAAAUGGAGCGUGCACUGCACACUAAAGACACAAAUAAAUGUUAACUUGUCCCCUUUUAAGUGUCACCGGUUUUUUAUGAAGGGGGUUUGGGUGACCCCACCGUGUUUUGGCAAAACUUGAAAUAAAAAAAAUGAUAAUAUUACAAAAUCUGGGUUAACAUUGAUCUCCUUUAAGAGUUGGGGGAGGGAAGACUGGUGGAUUUUAGGGGUGUGAAGGAUUUCAGUUUUGUAUAUCGAUGAGAAAUUUCAACUCACAGCUCAGUUUUUUUUAAUAUUCCAGUGUCUGUGUAUCCUUUAAUGUAUCUUGUGAUAAGAAAAUAAAGAUUUUUUUUUUGUUUGUGGUCCUAA